AUGGAAGUACAAACACAAAGAAGCCAACCAAAUGCCAUGGCAAGGCUAUAUGAUGCAGCCCUUAAGGGGGAUGUUCAUUCCCUUAACAACUUGCUCCAAGAAGAUGCACUUAUCCUCGAACGAUGCAUCAUCGAAAGAGGCUGUUACACGCAGUCGCCAUUACAUGUAGCUGCUAAAAUGGGGCGCUUAGAGUUUGUCAAAACCAUACUCAAAAAGAAUUUGAGUAUGUGUUUUGCACACGAUGGAGAUGGGAUGACCCCAAUUCAUGUUGCAGCUAUACAUGGUCAAGUUGGUGUGCUUGAAACUUUUAAUCGGGAAAACCCUCAAGCGAUUCGAGAGCAUACCAAGAGUGGUGAAACUGUUUUACAUUUGUGUGUUAAGCAUAAUAAGAUAGAUGCUUUGGAGCUUUUGUUAAAUUGCAAAAAUGAGUUAUUGCUAAACGAGUUGAGUGAACAAAAAAGGUUUAACAGCUAUGGAUUGUCACUUGCUAGUAAGAAAAAUGGAAAAAAUGUGCUGGUGUCGUCGAAAGUUAUCAAAUGGGAUAAGGAUGAUGUGAUUGGACGAUCUCUGGAGAAAACCAAAGCAUUAACAGCAAAAGAGGCGCUAAAAAUCGAAAACACAGAAAACAGGAUAAAGGACCAUAGCAAUGCACUAAUGGUGGCAGCAUCCGUGAUCGCAGCCAUGGCUUUCGAGGUCAGUAUUAGCCCUCCUGGAGGCUUUUGGCAAGAAGAUGCUCCUUCGUCAGAAGCUUCCCAGUUAGAACAUCAGGCGGGUACGUACAUACAAGAAAGAUUGAAUGGUUGGGUUGUGCUAGUAAUAUGGAACACAAUCGCAUUAGCUUCAUCUCUAAGUGUCAUCCUUCUACUCAUAGGCGGUCUUACCUAUAGCCGACUCUUUGUCGCAGUUUUGAGGUUCACAAUGUGGAUUGCCGUUACAGCAAUAGCUGCGACUUACGGGAUGAUACUUGUAAUGUCGCAAAGUGACGAUUUUGCUAUCGUGCCUGCUUUUGUUGUUGCUGGCUCAAUAUGCUUGAUGAUAAUUCUGAUCCUUGUUCAUACCCAUAAACUCAUAGUCAAGUUCGUCAUUAAACGUCCCAUUUUCAGGUCAUGUUUCAGAAAGUAUUUUUGCUGUUCUUGCGUCAACGACCAGAACGCCCUAGAACAGCCUUAA